AUUGUAGCAGCGUUGAACCAAAAUGGCUUUCAAGUCAAUUUUUGCUUUUGCAAAACGAUUCCCAAAAAGGCAUAUCUGGACCCCGAUUAGAAAUUGCAAUCUUGCUUCUUGCACCCGGAACACAAAACCAAGAGAACAAGAUUGGCAGAAUUGCACAUUUGCCUCAAAUGGAACCCGACAGUCUCCUAUUAACUUAAGCUCUGACAAGAGUGUGUACGACCCGCAACUGAAACCUUUAGAGAUCUCCUAUGACCCCAGUAGUUGUCUUCUACUCAGGAACAACGGCUACUUUUUCCAGGUAGAAUUUGAAGACUCAAAAGACAACUCAGUUAUAAGCAAUGGACCACUGCAAAACCAUUACAGAUUAAACCAAUUCCAUUUUCAUUGGGGUGCAGAAAAUGAUCGUGGAUCAGAGCACACAGUUAAUAAUCAGGUCUAUCCUGCUGAGCUUCAUCUGGUUCACUGGAAUCCAGUGAAAUACAAGAACUGUGAUGAAGCUAUUCUAUCUGAAGGUGGUCUUGCAGUUAUAGGAGUAUUCUUAAAGCUCGGCAGAAGGCAUGAUAGGCUGCAGAAAAUUGUGGAUGCAUUACCAGCUAUUAAAUAUAAGGACUCAGCAAUUGAUUUCUUUAAUUUUGAUCCUGGAUGUUUCAUUCCAUCUUGUUCUGAAUACUGGACAUAUCCUGGUUCUUUGACAACACCACCACUGACCGAAUCUGUUACCUGGGUCAUUAUGAAGGAUCCAAUUGAAAUUGGUCUUGAACAGCUGGCUGUGUUUCGUAGUUUGUUUAGCACAGCUCCUGGGGAAAAGCAAAAACAUAUGGUGGACAACUAUAGACAAUUGCAGCCUUUGUUGAAACGCACAGUUUAUACAACAAUCCCAUGAAAAUAGAUCUCUACAGAAAAGACAUCCAUGAAUGUGGAAAACUGUUUAAACAAAUAUACCUGAGCGCCUUUCUUAUACUUUAUGCACAUUAAAUAACUUCUAUGGUUGGGUGAACUGGAAAAAGAAAUAACUUAAACUUCAAAGUUUACAUAGAGGAUCUUCUAAUAUAUAUCAAAAGCUAGACAUAAUUCAGAAUAUGUUUAUAUAUUUGAGUGUAUUUUAUAAUUUGAUACAGUUAAAAUUUAUAAUUUUUAUUAUUUGAUGAUGAAAAUUAUAUCUAUUAGGGAGCUUGUAUCAUUUAGAAUGACAGAACAAUAUGUCAAUGUUCUAUAAAGAACACUAAAUAAAAGCUAAACCUUGGUCUCAUACUUAUCAGUGGAACAUUGCUUAUAAACUAUAUUCAUAUAAUAUUUAGGAUUUUUUUCAAAAUUAUAGAGUGUUGAAGAAAAUGUUGACUGGAACUGUUUAGUUCAUCCAAAGGUGCAUGAUAGAAUGGUGCUACAGCAAUCACUGUUGCCAAUUGGAUGAAAACUUGCCUCUUGUUCUUCUACCAGUAUCAAGAGCAGGCCAUUUGACUCCUAUUUGUUCUGCCGUGCACAAGAUCAUAAAUUAUUUCUUGUCUUUGUGUCACUUUCCUGCACUAACCACCAUAUGUCUUGAUUCUCUUGAUAUAUGACAAUCUAUCGAUCUUACCUGAAUAUACAGUAUUCAGCAGCUGAAUAUGCAUAGCUCCCUUGGACAGAGAAUUUCAGUGAAAUUUCUUUUCUCUAUCCUGAAAAGCCAAAGUCAUCUUAAGCAAUGGAAAAUAUGAACUCCACACCUAUCCUUUUUUCUACACCUGCACUUUAGAAAAAUUAGAGAUCUCAUUAAACUCAAGAGUACAGGUCUGAUUCUGCUUAAUCACUUUUCAUAUGUCAAGUUCAUAAUCACAAGAAUCAAUCAUGAAUUUUUGCUGCACUCCCUCCAUCACAGGUUUAUCUCUAGAUACAGAGAACAGACUUUGUGAUUUGUGUACAAAGGUAGCAACAUUUCAAUGACUCUCAACUUAGAAAAAAAGUUUUUUUAAAAAUAAGGUGGGUAAUAUUUUUCCACAUUUUAACACCUACAAUAUUCUCACCAAUUCACUUAACCUAUUUAUAUUUAUCUAGAGCCUCUCUGCCUCUCUCCUUGUAACACAAUGCCAUGUUCGACCAUCAUUUUUGAAGUAUAGAAACUUGCAGGGUUAUGGAUUACCUGACUUGUGGAAAUCUUACUUUGCAAAAUUUCUCUCGUACUUUUUAAAAGUCAGUAUUAGAAAUUUGGUUCAUGGUGUUUAUUAAUGACUAGAUAUAUUUAUUCAAUUAGUUUAAUUAUGGCUAACGUUAGGAUGAUUAUUCAAUGAAAUGAACUAUGGCAAAUGCAUGUAGAAUACAAUAUGGGUUACCAAAAUUAGUAGACUGAUGCAUCAUCAAUAACUCACUCUGAGACGUAAGGCGAGAUAUCGGCUUUUAUUGACUGGAAGAAGGAACCAGGAGUGAGAUCAAUAACUCACUCUGAGACGUAAGGCAAGAUAUCGGCUUUUAUUGACUGGAAGAAGGAACCAGGAGUGAGUGACCAUCAUACUACGUCCUGGAGACUGAGAGAGAGCAUAGGCCUCAGAUCGCCUUUAUACAGGGGCCUGUGGGAGGAGCCACAGGAGCAGUCAGAAGGGGGCGUGUCCAGACAGGCACAUAGUUCACCACAUAGACAUUUCUGACUUAAAUCUGUUUACAGAUAGUUGGCAGGAGUAGGACUGUCUACAUCCUGUUACCAUUUCCUUUAUGAAUUUCAGUAUUUUCACUUCUGAUGCAAGCCUAAAUAGUUCCCAGUUUGUUUCCUCUCAGUCUGUCUUCAGUAGUGAGGUACACUUGCUUCAAAUUUGUGUGAACUGGUUUAGAACGUAUGGAAUUUUAAAACAUGAAAACCAAUGCAUUCACCAACUUCAAAGGUACUACUUUUGAAACUCUAACUUCCAAGUUAGAGUCCCAGUAUUUUUAGGUUUUAAGUCCCAUUAUCUUCUCCGUUGCUUUUAUUUUUAGCCAGGUGAUUUUAUUUGUCAUCAAUUUUAGCUCAUCUUUUCCUUUAUUUUUACAUAUACAGAAGCUUUAAUGGUUUUUUUCUCAUUAAACUAAUCUUGUGAUCUAAUUUUCCCUUUCCUCAUCAGUGCUUUCAUCUUCCUUUGCUACAUUCUGAUUCUUUUCUAAUCCACAGGCUUUUGUUUUUGCUUAGCAGCAUUAUAAUAGUUUCCUUUGGUACUAAGUAUCUUGUACUGAAGAACAUGUUCAGUGAUGUGGUUGGGUGUGCUGAUGAAACAUAAACUAGGAAGAUAUGCCAAUGCAUUUCCCUUCUUGGGAAGUUUAGCUUCUAACCAAACACUCCAGCAGGCUUCUGCAUAUGAACUGUUGAAAGUAUCAAGAAUGGCUGCAUCAUAGUCUUGUAUGGCAGUUUGGAUGUGCAGAAAUGUAAGAAGAUGCCAGAGUAGUGGACUCUGCCCAACACAUCAUGGGCACAUCCCUCCCCACCAUUGGUAAUAUCUGCAUGAGGUGCUGAUAUCAUUUCCAUUAUCAAAGAACCCCAUCAUCACAGCCAUGUGUCUUGCAGCCACCAUCAGGCAGAAGAUACACGCUGCCAGAUUUAAGAACAGCUACUUCCCUUCAACCGUUCAGUUCUUGAACCAACUAACCAACACAACUCUAAUUGCUACAGUUAUGUAAUCACUGAUCAGUUUGCACUAAAUUACAUAGUUUUUUGUUCUGUCUUUCUUGUAAAAUUAUGUAUAAUUCAUUUUUCAUGUAAAUAUUGCUUACGCUAUGUGCCUGUAGUGGUGCUGCAAGUAAUUUUUUUCAUUGCCUUGUGUAUGUACUUGUAUAUACAGCAGUAAACUCUAUUUUGACCAUU